AUGCAUCUCUUACCCUCCUUCCUCGCCCUCCUGGCCUCCUCUACUCUCUUAGCGUCAGCGACCCCAAGGUAUUCAGACCUCCGUCAACGAGUUGAUGCAUCACACACCCCUAUUGCCGCCAAUCAAACCAUCACCAAUCAGACCACCUGCGACAAAGAGCAAUACACAUACCAAGAGCUCGCUGGCUACGGCUUCGUGGCCUCCAAUGCCACAGACAAGUACGGCGAUACCCUGGGCGGCUAUGGUAGUGCCAUCGCUAUUGAUCGAAGCUCAUGGAAGAAGAUGAAGAAUGGGAGCUAUACGGGGUUGUUGUGGGCCAUCCCGGACAGGGGUUGGAACACGGAAGGAACUCUCAAUUACCAGAACCGCGUCCACAAAUUCGCCAUCACCCUGACGCCCAAGCCUAACGCUACCCUUGCAAAUCCAUCUGGACCAAACCUCCAAUUCACCUACGAGGACACCAUCCUCUUCACCGGUCCCGAUGGCACCCCGACAACCGGCCUUGACGCCGACGUCCUUGGGUCGAUCACAUAUCCCGGCUUCCCAAUCCUGCCCGUUGCUACCUUUACAGGUGAUGGGUUUGGCGGCCCUGGUCCCGGCGGGAGACAUAUUCCCAUUGACAGCGAAGGCCUUGCGCUCGCUUCCGAUGGCGGGUUCUGGGUGUCGGAUGAAUACGGGCCGUAUAUAUACCAUUUCUCAGCACAAGGGCGUAUGACACAAGCCAUUAUGCCUCCGGCCGCGUACAUACCGCAUCGCAAUGGCAGUAUAAGCUUCAGUGCUGACUCACCACCGAUCUACAACAUCAAUGAGACCAUCAUACCAGCCAACACUGUGACGGGAAGAGAUAACAACCAAGGACUGGAAGGAUUAACCAUAUCGAGUGAUGGGAAGACGCUGUAUGCGCUUAUGCAAUCAGCUCUCGACCAAGAAGGCGGACCUAGCAACCCAUACCGUCUCCAGGCGAGACUGCUCGAAUACGACAUUUCCGACUCCAGCAACCCAGAGUACAAAGCUGAGUACGUUGUUACUUUGCCACUCUAUACUGAUCCAACCGCCAAAGCUUCAAAGGCAACCAAAGUGGCUGCACAGUCCGAGAUCCACUCCCUGGGCAACGAUCAAUUCCUUGUCCUUGCGCGCGACUCAGGCGCUGGACACGGGCAGUCUUCAUCUCUUAGCGUCUACCGCCACGCAGAUAUCUUUGACAUCUCAUCUUCCGGUGAAGCCACGGAUAUCGAAUCUGCAGCGAACGACGCAACGAACGGCAGCAUCGCCUCAAGCACGGGCGUGCUCGAUGCGGGCAUCAAAGCAGCGGAGUAUUGUACCUUUUUGGAUUACAACGUUAAUGCCCAGCUUGGUCGUUUCGGACUGCAUAAUGGAGGAGCGCAAGAUGCGACCCUGCUUAAUGAGAAAUGGGAGAGUCUGGCGACGGUGCCUGUUGAUGGAAAAGAUGGGCAGGAUGGGGAGUGGUUCUUGUUUAGUUUGAGUGACAACGACUUUAUUACUCAGGAUGGCCACCUCAACUUCGGCAAAUAUGCCUACAAAGACGCUAGCGGCUACGAUCUCGACAACCAAGCGCUCGUCUUCCAAAUCCAAGUGCCAAAGAACGCGAGUCCGUCAUGA